AUGCCGAUCGGAAAACUUGAGCCGUUCAACAUUCAUGCUACACAGUGGCCGGAGUACAUACGACGGGUAAAACAGUAUAUUAUACUGAACGAAAUUAAAGAUGAACUGCAAGUACCUCUCUUAAUAACUGUGGUUGGUGAGGCAACGUAUUCUCUAAUGUGUGAUUUGUGCUCGCCGGUACAUCCCGAAUCAAAGACUUUCGAGGAUUUGGUGCAAUUGUUGACCGAACAUUUUGAACCUCAGCGGUCGGAAAUCGCCGAACGACACGUAUUUCGGUUGCGCAGACAACGACCAAGCGAGUCACUUACGGAGUACCUGCAUAAUUUAAAACAUCUCGCAACCACCUGUAACUUCGGGAAGGCGCUGGAGGAGAAUCUACGAGAUCAAUUCGUGUCCGGCCUGGCGAGUGAAGCGAUGCGAUCGCGUAUAUUUGCCGAGAAAAAUAUCAAAUACAAAGAGGCGGUCGAGCUGGCUCUGGCACUUGAGGCUGCAGAAAAGCACGCGGAGGUGAGCGCCGCCACAACAGCGAUGGCGUCUACCUCGGCCUCUGGCUUGGGCGGCGAGGUGAGCGAGGGCUUGCACCGGGCGAGCGCGCAACGAGCAGGCGCACGCGGCGGCAGCGGCGGCGGCGCGGCGGCCUGCUGGCGCUGCGGCAAGCAGCACCGGUCAGAUCAGUGUCGGUUUGCGCAAUAUAAUUGUGAUCAGUGCGGCCAACGGGGCCACCUUAAAGUGGAUACGGAAGAAGAUGAGGACUUCUAUAACAUUAAGUUGUCGGCUAAAGGUACCAAACCAUAUUUCAUUAUAAUUAAUGUGGACGGUCAUCGUCUAGAGUGUGAGGUCGAUACGGGCAGCCGUAUUUCGGCUAUCAGUGCAGAUUUUUAUAAACGGUACUUUUCAAAUAAAUCAUUAAAUGUCGAUAACCUAAUAUUACGUUGCUACUCGGGCUCCCGUAUCGAAUCGCUAGGUUACAUUUAUGUCGAUGUACAACUGGGUGAGACUCGAGCUAAAAAUUUACAACUGUAUGUUAUUAAAAACGGAGGCCGUCCUUUGUUAGGUCGAGCAUGGAUGCACGCUCUAAAUAUAAGGCAAAUUAACUUUAAUGAAAUUGUUGAUGAUGCAUUCACGAGUCAAUUAUUGACUGAGUUUCCGGAGGUGUUUUCUGAUAAACUGGGUACUUGUAAAAAAACUAUUCAAUUAGAGCUGACGGAUAAGGAACCCGUGUAUGUUCGCGCGAGGCCCGUACCUCUCGCGUUGCGCGCGCGGGUUGAGCAAGAGCUUAUACGUCUCGAGCGAGAGGGCACUAUUUAUCGCGUCGAUCAUUCCGAAUAUGGCACGCCGAUAGUACCAGUUGUCAAGGAGUGUGGGGAUAUACGGAUAUGUGGGGAUUACAAAAUAACUAUUAACCCUAAACUAAAACGGGACUAUUAUCCUCUGCCCAGGAUUGAGGAAUUAUUUGCUUCCCUAAGUGGUGGAGUGAAAUUUUCGAAAAUUGACUUGAGACAUUCAUAUCAACAAGUGUUACUGAGCAAAGAUUCCCAACCAUACACUGCAAUAACGACACAUAUAGGAACAUUCGUAUAUCGCCGCACUCCCUUCGGCUUAUCCUGUAUUCCCGAAAAGUUUCAAAAACUUAUGGAAGAAACGCUGCGGGGUAUCCCCGGGACAGUAGUAUUUUUGGAUGACAUUUGUGUUACAGGCCCGAAUGAAGAAUUACAUUUUAAAAAUCUAAAAACGGUAAUUGAACGGUUGCGUAAUAUGGGCUUAACAGUUAAAAUGAAUAAAUGUAGUUUUUUACAACCCAGGGUUAAGUACCUAGGUUUUAUAAUAGACAAAAAUGGGUUGCACCCGGAUCCGGAAAAAUUAGAGGCCAUCUGCAACUCACCGACUCCUAGUAAUAUAACUCAGUUAAAAAGUUUCCUUGGAUUAUUAAAUUACUACGGAAAAUUUAUUCAAAAUUUAAGCGCUCUGUUACAUCCUCUAUAUGAAUUAUUAAAAAAGGAAGUGAGUUGGAAAUGGGACUCAAAGUGUGAGCGGGCCUUUGCAGAGGCUAAGCGAGUGUUAACGAGUGACCGGGUGCUGGCUCAUUAUGAGGAGGGGCGUCCGCUCGUGCUGGCAGUGGACAGCAGCGCGUACGGUUUGGGUGCGGUGCUCGCGCACCGCUACCCAGAUGGCAGUGAAAGGCCUGUCAGCUGUGUUUCACGAACUCUGAACACAGCUGAACGUAAUUAUAGUCAAUUAGAUAAAGAAGCGCUAGCUAUAUUUUAUGGGGUUACUAAACACCACCAGUAUUUAUACGGCAGGAGGUUCGUUUUGCGUACGGAUCACCAGCCGCUGAGCUAUAUAUUUGGGGUGCGAGGAGGUAUACCACAAACUGCUGCGAGCCGCUUACAGCGCUGGGCAGCCCGUCUUGCAGCUUAUGAUUUUUCCGUAGAAUUCGUGCCUUCAAAGAAUAACGGGCCGGCAGAUGCCUUAUCUCGCCUGCCGUUGCCUCACGAGCGGGGCCUUACUACGUCAGUGAGUUAUUUAAAUAUCGUAGAGGAGUGUAUGCCCGUAGAUUUUAAGGAAAUUAGUUAUGAAACAAAAAAAGAUAAUCUGUUAUGUAAAAUUUUAGGAUAUGUAAUGUUCGGUUGGCCGCCCGAGGCGAGAUGCGAAGAAGAAAAACCGUAUUUUGCGCGUAAGAGCGAGAUCACUACGGAUCUCGGUUGCUUACUAUUCAAGUAUAGACUUAUUAUACCUCCAAAACUACGUACACGAGUUUUGGAGGAGAUUCACGAUGGCCACUUAGGUGUUAAUAAAAUGAAAAAUUUGUCGAGAAACUACGUUUACUGGCCUAGUCUCGAUAAGGAUCUAGAGGAGGUAUGUCGAAAUUGCGAGCCAUGCCGGGUGGUCCGCGACGCGCCACCGCACGCUUCGAUUCACCCGUGGGAGUUUCCACUUCAGCCCUGGCAUCGUAUACAUGCGGAUUUCGCGGAAUAUGCUGGAAAAAAAUAUCUGGUCAUAGUGGACGCUCACUCUAAAUGGAUUGAAGUGUCCACUAUGAAUAGUACAAAUGCACAAUCGACAAUCGCAGCUUUCAGAGCCACCUUUUCCAGAUUCGGGCUUCCUUCGCAACUCGUCACGGACAACGGUCCACCUUUUUUAUCGCACGAUUUCAAAAAUUACUGUAAUAUGAAUUGUAUCAAACAUGUUACCACGGCACCCUACAGACCACAAGGUAAUGGCGCCGCGGAAAAUGCUGUCAAAACAAUUAAAAAAGUUAUUAAAAGGGCGGUUCACGAAGGUAAAAAUGUGACACAGGCUAUCAACAUAUUUUUAUUUAAGUAUCGGAAUUGCGAACACGCGAGUACAGGAGUGCCUCCCGCGGUCGCCUUGCUCGGGCGGCGGCUGCGCGGGCGCUUGGACGCGAUGCGCCCGGACGUUGCAAGCGUCGCGCGCGCCGCGCAGCAGCGCCAGGCGGCCGCGGCCGGCGGCACUCACCGCGACCACGACCUACAACCCGGUGAUCCCGUGCUGACUCGUGACUAUACCGCGAGGGGAGAAAAGUGGGCCGAGGGUAAAGUCGUGUGUAAAACGGGCCCAGUCUCAUGUAAGGUGAACAUUGGAAAGGGAAUUGAAUUACGUAGGCAUCUGGAUCAAGUAAUUCCAAUAAAAAAUAAAAAUAGAUAUUCCUUAACGCGCACAAGUCAGACAUCAAGGGAGGAGGAAUCCCAGGGUGAAGAUAGGAAUGGUAAUAAAACUGAUGUGGUCUGUAGUGAUGACGAGGGGGCUUGUUUCGAGGACGCGUCGGGUGGGCCGACAGCAUCGAGGACACGCGCGUCAGCGCCCUUCUCUGAACCUAUCCAGUCCCCGACACUGACGCCGCCCGGACCCGACGCGUCUUCGCGAGCUUUGCGUGCUUUUAACCGUAAUAAGAGAAAUGCAAAGAUUUGA